GUACAUCCAACGCACAACUACUCUUCGGAGCGGUUUCAACGCGUGAUUUUUUGCAUCCAUCGAUGCCACAAGAGUCUCUGCUGCUCUUCGCCUGCGGUCUGCGCAAUCAGUUGCAAGUGCGAGAUACGUGUCGCUAUUUGCUUACUUGGGCAUCCGCCUUCCCUCUGAAUCAAUCUACUCUACGCUACCAUGCUAGUACAGCAGGGGGAACGGAGGCCCUUCUCGCCAGCUUCCAAUCCGGAGCUCAGAGCAGCACGCUGCGGUCGCAGGAGAAAUCCGCUGAGCCAACCGGCAGGAGGAGACGGAGGAGGGGUGGUAGCAAGGAGACGAAGCGAAGGAAGGAACUUGAGAAAAAGCUGCAAGAGAGGGGAAAGUCAAUACAGGCUGAUCCUGCACGAAAGCCACGGCGCACUAGCAAGGGCGAAGGAGAGGGAAGACUGCUGGACUGGCGUGACGCAGGUUUGAUCGGCCUAUUGCAUCGUCUUCAACAUGAGGAGAC